AUUUUAACCGUCCAGUUUAUUGACCAGUGUAACACGUAACGUAUUGUUUUUUUUAGGUCUUAAAUCUUAAAAAUAAAAUGGCUCAAGAACAGGAAAUGCCUUCAUUCAAAUGCGUUUUGGUCGGAGACGGUGGCACUGGCAAAACCACGUUCGUAAAACGUCACUUGACCGGUGAAUUCGAGAAGAAGUACGUGGCCACACUGGGUGUUGAAGUGCACCCGCUGGUGUUUCACACCAACAGGGGGGCUAUUAGGUUCAACGUGUGGGACACCGCGGGCCAAGAGAAGUUCGGUGGCCUGCGAGACGGCUACUACAUUCAGGGACAGUGUGCCAUAAUCAUGUUCGAUGUCACAUCUCGUGUCACCUACAAGAAUGUGCCCAACUGGCACAGGGAUCUCGUGAGGGUUUGCGAAAACAUCCCAAUCGUGCUGUGCGGCAAUAAAGUCGACAUAAAAGAUAGAAAAGUCAAAGCCAAAAGCAUCGUUUUCCACAGAAAGAAGAAUCUACAGUACUAUGACAUCUCUGCCAAGUCGAAUUACAACUUUGAAAAGCCGUUCUUGUGGUUGGCUAGAAAACUGAUUGGCGACCCCAACUUGGAGUUGGUUGCCGCCCCUGCUUUGGUGCCCCCAGAAGUGCAAAUGGACCCCCAUUGGCAGCAACAAAUUGAAAAGGAUCUCAAAGAGGCGCAAGAAACGGCUCUGCCGGAAGAUGAUGAAGAUUUGUAAUUCCCCAAACCAGUUAAUGCAUUUAUUUAUUGAAAAAAAAGUGAAUAGACAUUUUAAGAUUUAACCACUGACUUACUAAUAAUUUAUGUUUAUGUUAAAUUAAAUUAAACAAAGAUGCCUGCCUGGGCAACGAUAUUUUUUUAUAUAUAUUUGUUUUUUCAAAUUGUUAAAUAUGCUAAAUGCUCCACAUUAAAAAAGAGCGCAGUAUGAAUGUA